AUGGAAAUUGGAAACCUCAGGCAACAAAAGUAAGUUACAGAAUCGCCUGAGAGCUACUGUGUCGUUGGAAAUUGAAUGAAGAAGAAGGGGAGAUCGACGAUGACGAUCGUGACAAAAACUUGCACAUGAGUACUAUUGACAGACAUGAGCAUUUAUUAACGUUUCGAGAUGUCAACGAACAAAUUCGAAGGGUCAAGGGUCGAAGGGUCAGUUCGUGGGUGGUUGCAAGAAUUUGAAGACAUGGCAGUUGGACUGGAUGUGCAAAGGAUUAUUUAUACGAAGAGAUUGUUACGUGGUUCAGCAAUAUUCGUUAAUUAUGAAGAAUGUUGGAAAAAUUGGAAUAAAAUGA